AUGCAAUUACACUUCUUCAACUUCAUUCUUUCAAUCCUCUUGGCUUUUCUCACAGUCACGAAUGCAAUCCCUGCAUAUAAUAUAAUAAGCACUGUACCGGGCGUCAUUCAACCUCCACAAAGUUUAUCCUCAACUUCAACUUCAAUUUCGGGUGCGGGUACUGCAAAUCAAACGACCAAAGAUAAACCGGAAUUCACAAAUUGGCCACCUCCAUCUCCGAGGAGCGUUAACAUCAAACAAGAUGUCCACGAUGAUGGACUACCGUACACGGUACUCCCGGUAGUCCAUCCAGACAUACUUUGCGUCCCUGUCGGCGACUUUGAAGUCAACUCCUCAUCGGGCGAUUGUAUAAUAGACACAUUCUGUUCCCCUUCCAAUCACAGUCCCGUUCAUAUCGGUAGGAACAAUACCAUUACCACGUCGCCCUCCUCUUCAGCUCCUCCAAUCCAACAAUUACAGGGAAAAUACAAACCCCGACAGAGACGUCGACGUGAAGAACCUCCAGAAACAAUCUACGCCAUAACCCUGCCAGGUCCCACAAUCCCAAUAUACUUCCCUACGGCCAUAAUUCCUCCUUCUCACACCUCUCACCAACUACAAUACUUCCCUCCAGGCGCUCACCCAUGGUACGAAUACUCCACAUUAACCAUCCCACCAACCCCGACGAUUCCAAACUUCAGCUCUCAAGAAUCCCACACUCAAACACCAAGCCAUCCUUCCUCUCAAAACCCGCUUCAAAAACCCUGUCGGAUUCCCAAAAUCUACGAAGGAAUCUGUCACCCUUUGGUGAUCCCGUCAGUCGUCAUCGCUGUCUACUUUUUAUCAACCCUCAUUCUCUACUCCGGCGACCCUUCAAAACCUGUUUCUCCGGUUUAUAAUUACCAACCAGCCCCGCCACCACUACCGCGCCCUUUAAACCCUUACAUCCCAUACUUCUACCACCAACAACUCCAACAAACACCAAUUGGAUCAUAUCUGUACCCACCAGUCGCCACAGUCGGCCAUAGUAUCCGACGGAACCUCCUUUGUUUAACAAACUUCUUUUGCGGAGGUACAGAAGAUCCGCAAUUGCCAUUACCGCAUCGGCCGGGGAUGUUGAAUGUUAAUAUCAACGAAAGGGUGCAACGUAGCGUGGAGAUUGAAAGGUCGAAUCAAAGUGCUUGUUAUCUUUUGACAACGUUUUUGACGUAUGGCGCCGGAUUGAUUAUUUUGGGAUCAUUCUUGGGAGGGUUGUGUAAUUGUGUGAAGACAGAGUGUGAGUUUAUGUAG